UGCCUUACAGGAUAUCACUUGCUUUGAACCGGCCGGUCGGGUGGGCUGGAAGGUGGGGAGCGUUGCUGCACUUUCACAGCGUGGGAUGAGCAAGAAGAAAGCAGCGGUCGGGGCCGGCGACCUGCCAGCGAGAGCUACCCCGGUUUGGCCCGCCAGCUGUGGCAGGACCGCCGGCGGGAAACCCAAGGGCCAGCGUGGGGGAGGACCGGAGGCGCGGAGCAACCUCAACGAUGCCCACCACAGCCCCGCACAUCUCGGCGAGAAGGAUGGAGCCGGGCACAGGGACAGGAGUGACGGGAUCACCGGCAUCCGCAGGUGUACUGUUGUCAAUGAGGCCAUUCCCACCAAGGCUGCUCGUGGGAAGGAAGUUAAUGCCAGGGGGGCUGCUGGCGACAAGAGGAUAGAUGCCACCAUGGUUGCUGCUGGUGUCAAGGGGAAGAAUGCCAACAACACUGCUGACGGCAAUGACACCGGUGCCAGGGUGGCUGCUGCUGGCAAGGACACGGAUCAUGCCAAAGGCGUUGUUCCUCCUGCCAAGGGAAAAAAUGCCAACAAAGACGCGAGUGGCAGGAAGACCAAGGCAGCAGCUGCCGCUGGAGACGGUGAGGUCGGCAGAGAGCGAGAUUUGAACAAAGUGCUGCGGGCUGUGAUUGAAGAUCUGCGCAUUAGAUCGGAUGAGCGAUCCAAAGCAUCGAAGCGGGUGAACGAUGUAGUGGGCCAUUUGGUGCGGCACAUCAGAGAGGAUCCUAUACGUUGUUUUGCUUCAAUUGAAACGUUGGCAAGUGGCAGUUACUACGAACGCGUUAAGAUUUUUGAACCAAAUGAAUUUGAUAUAAUGAUCACAGUCCCUGUGGAGAGAGUCGUGUGUCAAGAGGUGAACAUCGAAGGUGCUUUCUACUAUAUUGAAUUUAAGAGAUGCCCACAUGCCAACCCUCUCAAUCGGUUUGUUUGUGAUGGACUGCUGUCAGCCGAAAAAAUGCUUUGCCACCUCAGGAAACUCAUAAUAGAUGCAGUAAAAUUAUUGCCAGAUUCCAAAGUGAAAGUGGUAAGGAAGAAACCAGGAAGCCCAGCUGUGACGCUGGAGAUAGGGGGAGACGGUGUACUCAUCUCGCUGGACAUGGUGUUGGCUCUGGAGGUGAAACAGAGAUGGCCCCCCAGCACCGACACAGGGCUGAAGAUUGAAGAGUGGUUGGGAAAAAAGGUCAGGACUGAUUUCAGACGGAAGUCUUUUUACCUGGUGCCAAAACAGCAGCCGCUUGAGACCACAGAAGGAGCCCAAGCUCUGUCAAAGAAAGAAAUGUGGCGGAUCUCAUUCUCGCACAUUGAGAAGACGAUGAUCAUGAACCAUGGCAACAUGAAGACUUGCUGUGAGAGCGGCUCAUCUAAAUGCUGCAGGAAAUCCUGUCUGAAGCUUUUGAAGCGCCUCAUUGAGAAAUUGAAGGAAAAGCAUCCUCGCAUAAUGGCAGAUGUCUGCUCCUACCAUGCAAAAACAACUUUGUUCCACGCAUGUGUCCAGAGACCUAAAGAUGAAAUGUGGCGUCCUGAAGACCUUGCUGGAUGCUUUCUCCAGCUCUUGGACAACUUCACUGAUCAUCUGAAGAGAGCCGAUCUUCCUCAUUUCUUCAUCCCCACCUACAAUCUCUUUGACGGACGAAUAUUUGAUACAAAAAAUAGUAUUCGACUGUGUCACUUCAUUGAGAAUGAGAAGACCAAAAACUUCCCCAUCUUUGGGGUAAAUCUGACUUCAAAAUAGUGACAGUGAUUCUGCUUUUGUCUUGGCAGACCAAGUCGAGAAGGAUAUUUAAUAAUCGGUAUCCAUUCUCUUUGGGUUUUAUUAGGACACAAAGCAAUGUGAAUCUUUUUUUAAAAUCCUGGUUAAGUCUUGGUUGAAAUGUCAUGUUGUAUUUUAGAAUGCAGGUCAAUAUCUGAUUGAGGCUGCAGAGGAGAUUUAGCAGAAUGAUAAGAUGGGAGACUGACUUGGUUUUAUGGAGUCCUUAAAGAGUGAUUGUUCCCCUGAAUGGAGAAGAAGUGCCUCCGCAGGACCCUGAUUUGAGAUAAUUGGAAAAGGGUCCUGAGGUACAACAGGAAAGUUUUGUGUUUACAUAUGAUGCAAGCUGAAAUACACUGCCUGAAAAGAUGGUGGGAAAAAGUACAUUAACACGUCAAAAAGAGAAAUGAGUAGAUAGUUGACAAGGAGAAAUGUACAGCAACAAUAUUGAGUGGCUGAGUUCUGGUCGCUGCAUGACAGGAAGGAUUUGGAGCCUUUGGGGAGAGUCCAGCAGGGGUUUACCAGGAUAUUGCCUGACUGAGAGGGUAUGAGCUACAAGCAGAGGUUGCACAAACUUAGAGCUUCACAGGCUGAUAGAAGACUAGAUAGUUUACAAAUUUAUGUGAGGCGUAGACAGUCUUUUUCCCCCCAGGUAAAAAUGCCAAAUGCUAGAAGGUAUAGCUUUAAAGUGAGAGGGGGAAAAGUUCAAAUGUAAAUUAAGUGCCUUCCUGUUUUAUAACUGGUCUAUAAUUCCCUGUUUUCUCUCUCCCGCCUUUCUUAAAAAGUGGGAUAACAUUAGCUACCCUCCAAUCCGCAGGAACUGAUCCUGAAUCUAUAGAACAUUGGAAAAUGAUCACCAAUGAGUCCAUGAUUUCCAGAGCUACCUCCCUAAGUACCCUGGGAUGCAGACCAUCAGGCCCUGGGGAUUUAUCAGCCUUCAGUCCCAUCAGUCUAUCCAACACCAUUUCCUGCCUAAUGUGAAUUUCCUUCAGUUCCUCCAUCACCCUCGAUCCUCUGGCCACUAGUACAUCUGGGAGAUUAUUUGUGUCCUCCUAGUGUAGAAGGAUCCAAAGCACCUGAUGAACUCGUCUGCCAUUUCCUUGUUACCCAUAAUAAAUUCAGUCUUCAAGGGUCCAAUUUUGGCCUUAACUAGUUUUUUCCUCUUCACAUAUCUAAAGAAGCUUUUACUAUCCUCCUAUACUAACUAUUCUUGGAUAGUUUACCUUUGUACCUCACUUUUUCUCCUCAUAUUGCCUUUUUAGUUUUCUUCUGUUGCUCUUUAACAGUUACACAACCUCUGGCUUCUCGCUUAUCUUUGCAAUGUUAUACUUUUAUUUUAUUUUUAUACUGUCCCUGACUUCCCUUGUCAGCCACGGUCGCCCCUUACUCUCCUUGAAUCUUUCUUCCUCUUUGGAAUGAACUGAUCCUUUCAAAUUUCUAGCAUCUGUAGUUUGUUUCUAAUUUUAGACAAUAUGUUUAGAGGAUGGCAUGGAGCAGGCCAGCUAACAGCAUCAGAAUUGUUGGGUGCAGAGUGGCAAAGGUAUGGAUGGGAGUUUCAGCACCAGGUGAGCCAUGGAUCGCCUCACUGACGA